GUGUAAUGGAGCACUGACGAGAAUUGGGUCGUUUAAUGAGCGGUGCUACUUCCCCAAGUUCUCAUUGGCUGGCUGGGGGAUGUUGCCAGGUCUGGCUGUAAACUCACUGGGUUGCCUACGAGAGUACCCAGACAGUUACUUGUUUCGUUGAAGACACGAGUCUACAGUGUUGUCUAGGCGUUUGUCCGGAGCGAGCGAGUGUCCUGGAGGUGCCUGGGGUCGACAUCUCUCGGGUGUACAUUGAACAAGGUACACUGGCCCCGUAUGGGAGUGUAGAUCAUGUUAGACAGAAAAAUGGUACAUAUUUUUGAUAAAAUGUUUGAGCCACGUGGAGGCGCGAGGCUAGAGGCGUUUGUGAGCAGUCCAAAAGGCAGAAGCUGUUAGUUGGCUUUUGUUCUCUGCUCCGUCUCCACCUCCCCGCCUCGCUUCCCGCCUCCGCCGCUGUACAGGUAACGAAGCAGCAUGGUGAUAAACCUUCCGAAGAGGCGCACCAUAGAACACGUUUUAAGGAGCACAAUGGCCGAGUACCCCUUAAGUCGGAGCACCAGGCGAGAGAUGAGGCUAUGGCUGACGGGAAUAUGUUUGGCCCUGUUGUUGUUGAGUCUCUGGACUGCCGGCAGCCUUCCCAGUCAGCCACCAGCGACGCGCGCACACUUAGUAAAGAGCCAAGACCUGCCUUUGGUGUUUCCAGUAAUAGAGGAAAACCUGAUACCCGGUAACAUGUUGGUGGAAAUCAGAUCAAAGAAGACGCUAAUGGAGGUAACGCCUCACUCUCCCUAUUCUAUUCGUGGACAGCUCGCCUAUCUCCAUCGGUCCCCGCCACCGACUAGGCUACACUUCAAUCCGGACGUCAGCCCAUGGACACCGUGGGGACCAAAACUGGAGACCAUUAGCGACUACUUCAGGUACCUACGAACCCCACAGACCUCCUGUCGCAAGCUGAAGAGAUUGGGCGGCACAUAUAAUUGUAAAAAAGGGCAAGGAGACGAGAACAACAUGGAUGGCCACAAGUACGUGUGUAUGGACCCAUCACUGGAGGUUGUUGGAGCCAAGGACGCUCGAGGUUGCCUCACUCUAUCUUUUGGCACACAGAUGGACACCAGCUUUGACAAAGCUGUCUCUGUCCUCCCCUGCGAAGUUCACAUGUUCGACGUGCUCGACUUUGACCCGCCACUGGCCAAAUUUAAUGACAACGUUUAUUUCCACGCUGAAGGAUUGGCCAGAAUGAAGUACAGCGUUCACUUCCACAACAUCAACAAGACUGCUACUAUGGACACACUCAAAGCCUACUUCUUCAAGAACAAACUGUAUCCAAGACCAAUACAUAUCCUCAAGGUAGACAUCGAGAACGGGGAGUGGGAAGCUUUCAAAGACAUCGCCCAAGAUCCCCUCUUCGACGCUGUCGGCCAGCUGGCAAUGGAAGUGCAUGCAACGGAGCUGGUGGCCGGACCUGAAGGGAAGCCGCCUCCUAAUGUGCCCCGGGAGAAGUGGCUGGGAGCGCUGCAGGAGCGCUACGAUGUGCUCAGGAUGAUAGAGGCGCGAGGGUUCCGGAGAGCCCUGUACUGGGACAACGUGCAGGACGAGUUCUCCCUGCAUGACGAGAAGGGCACCCGGUACGAGACGUCUGGCGAGGUCCUCUACGUCAACACAAACUGGUACAACACAACCUUCAAGCAAUACCUUGUCAAAAAUGGCUUCGCGUUACGCGAGUUAACAUGAGGCCAGAAACCACGUUAGCAGAACCGUGGAAUGUACAAUAAUAUACAUUACUGUUAACAUUUAUGAUUGAUAAAUUACUAAUAUGUAAUAAAUCGACAUGAUUGAA